AAUCCAGCCAGCUGUUUGCUCGUUAACAUUGUUUACUUUUAUUUUUACAGUUUAUUUCAUUAUACUAUCCUAAAAUGCGUGAAAAUCCUACAGAAAAUUCGUUAUCAACGCAAAUUAGACAAGUUAAGAAGUAUUUAAAAGUGAAAAUUCAAGAAGAUAACGUAACUUUCAGAAAUCAUAUACAAGCAAGGAAUCAUGUUUAUGAUUUAGUUAAACGUACCGUUGUUCAUGGUGAAUCGCAUUCAGCACUUAUAAUAGGUCCUAGAGGAUGUGGAAAGACUACCCUUAUAAACUCGGUACUCCACCAGUUAUCGAAGGAGGUGGAUUUGGCUGACGAUGCUAUCAUCGUCAGGCUGGACGGUCUGGUGCACCACGAUGAGAAGGUGGCUCUUAAAUCUAUCACUGCACAGUUACAACUUGAAAACGCAGUGGAUGGCAAAGUGUUUGGCACCUUCGCGGAGCAACUGUCAUUCCUUCUCAGCUGCCUGACAGCGCAGUCUGCGAGGAGUCGUAGCAUGGUGUUCCUGUUAGAGCAAUGUGACAUGUUUUGCCGAGUGGGACGCGUUCAGAGCCUGCUCUACAACCUGUUCGAUAUCACGCACGCGAGGAGCGCGCCGAUGUGCGUUGCUGGAAUAACAAACCGCAUAGAUGUGAUGGACUUAUUGGAAAAACGCGUCAAAUCCCGUUUCUCUCAUCGUCACAUCUUCAUAUUUCCCAACGAAGUGUUAGAGGGAGACUCCACUCCCCCCAGUACCCCCUUAAACAACUAUAUGGGGGUUAUGGUAGAGUUACUUAGCUUACCUGUGGCGAAGAAGGAGGUUAAGAAGAGAGGAAGGAAGAAGUCUAACGCUUCAGAAGAGGCAAUGGACUCAGACGAGAAAAUCCAACCAGUACCAGAGGAAGUAUUAUUAAAAUGUAAAAUUGACCCUAAAGAGAUGACAUUAGACCCCAUGUUUGUGGAAGAUUGGAACGCCCACGUAGGAAGUCUAGCUGAGAAUGAGAAAGUAAUUGAUGCUAUUGAGAAGUUCUGCUACUAUAAGGCCAAUGAACAGGUGUUCAGGAACAUAUUGUUUCAAUUAGUGUCAAAAUUGAAGCCCACAAAACCGUACAUAGAGCCGCCAGAACUAUGCUCUUUAAUAGACAAGACUGUGUGUUCGGAGCAUAGAGUAAAAAUGCUGCAAUCCUUGUCUAUAGUAGAGCUGUCUCUGAUCAUAGCGAUGAUGCAUGGAACACAGUUGUUGGACGGUCAACCGCUUAACUUCGAAAUGGUUUUGCACAGAUAUCAGAAAUUCGCACAACUGAACUCCUCAACGCAAUCAGUCCCUCGGCCAGUGAUCUUGAAAGCAUUUGAGCAUCUUCAGGCGUUAGAACUGGUGGUAGCUGGCAGAUCACUUGGCCAGACAUGUGGUGAGCACCGCCUGUAUGCGCUGGCGGCUCCGGUGGAGGACAUUAGGACCGCUGUGAAUACAGCCAAGAUGAUUCCUACCGAGUUGUUGCAUUGCCUCGAUCACUCCGUUUUGUAGUUACCCGGCGGUCGACACUGGUCCGGCCAUGUAGUGAGCAGGGUGUUCAAAGGCCACAUCGAAGCAACUUGACAUUAGCUCACACCUAUAAAAGUAAAUGCUCAUAAUGUCAAAUAGCAAUAUUAUUUUUUUAGAUGAAUUCGUUAGAUGUGGCCGUUCUAACAUGAUCAAAAAACAAUCUCAUUAUGCUGUUCGACUUAUUUUCGGAUUUUAUUUAUGAAUAGGCUAGUUUCUAACUAGUCAAAUCAGUUACAUUUUACUAAACGUCAAAACAAGAAAUUAAUAUGGAUUUUGUAUGAAAAAACACAC